GGGCCGCAUACACACACGCGCACGAGCACGAGCAGGAGCACAGAGGGCUACUGCGCCUUUAAGACGCGCAAAACUAACAACCAAAAUCAGCUUCGCUGUUAAUGUGCUAGCGAUGAAUUUACCCGAUAUGGUUUUGUUGAAACUUGUGCUGUUCUUAUACUGCUUAAGCGACACCAAAGGUCAAUAUGGGAGAUCCCUGAGUAAGUACAUUCAACAUUACGAAGGCCUGUCCUACAACACAGACAUCUUGCACAGCAAUCACCAGAGGGCUAAGAGAGCUUUGUCCCAUGAGGACCAGUUUCUCCACCUGAACUUCCAUGCUCAUGGCAGGCAUUUUAACCUGCGGAUGAAGAGAGACACAUCUCUGUUCUCCCCUGAUCUGAGGGUAGAAGUUUCAGGAGAAGAGAUCCCCUAUGACACCUCUCACAUUUACACUGGAGAAAUUUAUGGUGAGAAAGGCACACUGACCCAUGGCUCUGUCGUGGAUGGGAAGUUUGAGGGUUUUAUCAAGAGUCAUCAUGGCACAUACUACGUAGAGCCUUCAGAGAGAUACCUCAAAAACCAGAAUGUGCCUUACCACUCAGUCAUCUACCAUGAGGAUGAUAUCAAUUACCCUCAUAAGUACGGAGCAGAGGGCGGCUGUGCAGACCACUCUGUGUUUGAGAGGAUGAAGAAGUACCAGGCGUCUGCAGUCGAGGAGCCCAGCCAGCAGACGAACCAUGUCCAUGAUGAGGAAAGAGCUGAUGAGCCAGUGAUCCUGAGGAAACGUCGUGCAGCACAGCCAGAGAAAAACACCUGUCAGCUUUACAUCCAGACAGAUCACCUCUUUUAUAAAUACUAUGGCAGCCGAGAGGCUGUGAUCGCUCAGAUUUCCAGUCACGUGAAGGCCAUUGACUCCAUCUAUCAAAGCACUGAUUUCCUAGGCAUCCGCAACAUCAGCUUCAUGGUGAAGAGAAUCAGGAUCAACACCACCGCAGAUGAGAGGGAUCACUCCAACCCUUUCCGGUUUGCCAACAUUGGUGUGGAGAAGUUUUUAGAACUCAAUUCAGAGCAGAAUCACGAUGAGUACUGCCUAGCCUACGUCUUCACAGAUAGAGACUUUGAUGACGGUGUCCUGGGGCUGGCCUGGGUCGGGGCUCCUUCAGGAAGCUCUGGUGGAAUAUGUGAGAAGAAUAAACAGUACUCUGAUGGAAAGAAGAAGUCUUUGAACACUGGCAUAAUUACCGUGCAGAACUACGCUUCACACGUUCCCCCUAAAGUCUCUCACAUUACCUUUGCUCAUGAGGUCGGACAUAAUUUUGGCUCUCCGCAUGACUCAGGUCUUGAGUGCACUCCAGGUGAGUCUAAGACUCAGGAUCAGAAAGAGAGAGGCAACUACAUCAUGUAUGCAAGAGCCACAUCAGGAGACAAGUUCAACAACAACAAGUUCUCUGUCUGCAGCACUCGCAACAUCAGCCAGGUGCUGGAUAAGAAGAGAUUCAGCUGCUUCGUUGAAUCUGGUCAGCCCAUCUGUGGUAAUGGCUUAGUUGAGGGUAAUGAGCAGUGUGACUGUGGCUACAGCGAUCAGUGUAAAGACCAGUGCUGCCAUAGUGCCAAUGCGCCAGAAGGGGUGAAGUGUACACUGAAGGCAGACGCUCGAUGCAGUCCCAGUCAGGGUCCUUGCUGCACACCGGAGUGUACCUUUAAGAUUAGCAAUAUGAAGUGUAGGGAGGAAUCUGAGUGUGCUCUUCAGGGCAUGUGCAAUGGACUCUCCGCCCAAUGCCCCACCUCAACACCCAAAGAAAACUUCACAGCCUGCCACGCAAAUACCCAAGUCUGCCUUAAUGGGGGUUGUUCUGGCUCUAUCUGUCAGAAGUAUGGUCUGGAUGUGUGCACCUGUGCCAGUGAGGAAGGGAAAGAUGACACUGAGCUGUGUCAUGUUUGCUGUAUGGAGAAGGGUCAGCCCAAUACCUGCAGCAGUACUGGCUCAGAGAAAUGGGCAACAUAUUUUAAUAGAAAGAGCACCACGUUACAGCCCGGCUCUCCUUGUAAUGACUUCAAAGGAUACUGUGAUGUCUUUAUGAAGUGUAGGCUGGUGGAUGCUGAUGGUCCCCUGGCCAGGCUUAAGAAGGCCAUCUUCAACCCUGAGCUUUACCAGAGCAUUGCAGAGUGGAUAGUGGAACACUGGUGGGCGGUGCUGUUGAUGGGCAUUGCCCUUAUCAUGCUCAUGGCUGGAUUCAUCAAGAUUUGCAGUGUGCACACACCAAGCAGCAAUCCUAAAUUGCCCCCACCUAAACCACUGCCAGGCACACUUAAGAGAAGAAGAGCCCAGCAACCCACUGCACAGACCCAGCCACAGCGCCACCAUCGGCAACAAAGAGAGAACUAUCAGAUGGGUCAGAUGCGACACUGAGCCGGCCUCCUCAUUGCCUUGGUUCUUCCUAGUGCCUACAGUGGGAAACAUUUCACUCCAAAGAGUUAACUGAAUCAAUCAGUGAGCCCCAUCUACAAACUAAAAAAAACUAUUUACAAACUAAGAAAAAUAAAAUAUACUACAAGGACUAAACUUCAGAAAACAGCAGUUUUUAAGUUGUAAGAAACCACUGUUCUGGGAGCCAGCAAAACUUUUGUUGCAUAGCUCAGAGAAAAAUUCAGAAGCUAGUGACGAGAAGGAAAAGGACAGAAUCACUGAUUUCUGUUACUCUGUUCUUGAGUUCUUUUUCUUUUUCUUUCUCGAGUGACAUGAUAAAGCAUUGCUCUCCCCACUAAAGUUUCGCCCUUUUUAUAUCUUUUUACUUUUUUUUUUAUUUCUUGGAAUUACCACCCUCCUGUGGAGAUUAGCAAAACAGCAUGUCACAUGGGUUUUGGUUUUUUCUGCCAAUCAAGGAAAGUGUGAGCGAGAACUCUUUAAAGAGACUCCUUUUCCAUUGUGUCAUUAAGACGUUUUUAACAAAUACAAGCAAAAGGAUUGCAAUGAAUUCAAGCUUUUAUUUUUAGUUUCUGUGUGCAAUUGUACAGAUAUCACAAUAUACAUUAGGUUUUUUUUUUCAGUCAUUUUUUUCUGAUGUUAGAUAAUGAUAAAUAAGGUUUUGAUUGAUACUCAGGAUAUAAUAAGAGAGCACAGAGAGUUGCUAUUGUCAGAAUGCCUUUUACUAGUCUCACUUUGGUAAAGGAACAUGUUUGUGCAUAGCAUUUUCACCUGGUUUGUUUGCAUGCACUUUUUUCUUGCAAUGCAAAAAACUUUCAUUGAUGUCAGUUGAUGAUAAACAACCACUAAAGAACUGCAGUUUUUCAUUCCAUGCAGGUGAGGGAAUUAAAAUGAGAGAGAGGUUGGGUGAAUUUUUUUUGUUAUUAUUUAAUUGUCACUUGUCGCAAUCUACAGAGAGUCAUUUUAUUCAGCCAGUAAUGAAGCGAUCCCUCUGAGAGAGAGUGAAAUAUGCUGUACACAGGAGACGGACUCAUGUAAACAUAAGCACAACAUCACAGAGAAGGUUUUUUUUUUUUUUUUUUUUGAUACAUAAGAUUCUUUUUUCCAAUAAGAUGUAAGCAACAUUAAAGUGCAGACAAUUAAUAAAAUAGAUUGUAGCUGUUCUUGCCUUGGGUUUUGUGCAUCAGAUGAAAGGAUGGGUUAGAGAGCGACAGCUAAUAGAAGCAAUCUAUAGAGCCUGUAGUCUUUUUACAUGCUAAUCAAUAUUAACACAAAGGAAUUUUUCUUGUCAAUGUUCAUUCAUUACCUCUAUUAUAGUUGAAAAACAAAUUUAAAAUAGAAGGUCCAGAAUAGCACCCUAUAUCAAAACAUGCCUUGUAUUGCCUCUAUAGAUAACUAAUAUAACACACAAAAAUGUACUGUUAGCCAAUUGGUUCAUUUAUUACCAUAAUGGUUUGGUUUUCCUGACUGAGUAGACUAAUUCUCACUAAGAAUCACUUUUGUUUCAUUCCGAAAUAAGUUAGCUGUGUGUCUGAACCAGCCCUGUAAAUUGAAAAAACAGCAUAUUCUAUUUGGCUGGUUUUCCAGACCCUGGUAAAUAUUAUUUUCAGCACAGAAGCACAACUGUGUAAUUUAGUGUAGGUUUAACAUCACUCAGUCCCUGGGACAUUGGAGCAUUCAUUGGCUCUGCCCUCUCCUCAGGUCUGAGAGAACAAAUGUAAAAAAAAAAAAAAAAAUGAAAUAAAAUCCUGAAUGUGCUUAUAAAGUUUUGUUUGCCUCUUAUAAAGGCAGGAGGUUUUGAACCAUAAAUGCAUCAAAUACCUUUAGUCUCCACAUAAAGAUCUUCCGUACUCCAUUUUUGUACCUCAACAAAAAUAUCUGUACUUCUGUUUCAGUUUAUGUUGACAUCAUUUUGUUUUUAAAUGGUGUGACUAGUCCAGUGUCCAGGAGUGUCCAGUGUCCAGAUGUCUACAUCUUCUCAAGCUGUGAUCUUUGAAUCCAUUGAGGAACUGCAUUUCAACAGCAGAUCCUACCAAACACGUUGAUGGUUUGCUUGUAUUUCAGACAAGCAUUCCCAGCUCUCAGUACUUCUUUAGAUCUAAAUCAUGGACUCAUUUCUGUAUGCUGAUGGGAGAGAGGUUUUUAGUGAGUUUUAACUGCUCUGAUUGCAAUUGGCUUCAAACUAGAAAUCAAUUAUUACUGUUAUUCUGUGAUAAAGGAGUUUGGGUGAAUUACGAGGGAGUUUUGGCCAAGGAAUUUUAUUUUGUAGUUUUUUUAUUUUUUUGCUUUAAGUUUAUAAGUUAUGUGCACUGAUACGCAAGCAUGGUGUGUGGAUAAAAUUAUGAAAAACAAGAUGGAGAAAUGUCUAAUGCUACUGUUUGAUUUUAACAUCUGCUGUGUUUUAUACAGAAUCUUUUUCCUUUUUUUCAAUUUUUGUUUUCCUCUUUGUGCUUAAAAAAAUUACUAUAUAUUUAAAAAAAGAAAAAAAAUUAUUGUGCAAAAACCUGUAAUUUUUUUGAAGUACUUGAAAUACAUUAAUAAAAUAGCCUUGAUCAGAA